AACUAAUGUUUAUGCCAGACAGAAAAGAAAGAUGUCAUUUCGUAAAGUGAACAUCAUCAUCCUGGUCCUGGCCAUUGCUCUCUUCUUACUGGUUUUGCAUCAUAACUUCCUUGGACUGAGCAGUUUGCUAAGGAAUGAGGUUUCAGAUUCAGGAAUUUUGGGGCUUCAACCCAUAGACUUUAUCCCAAAUGCUCCCCGACAUGCAGGAGAUGGGAGACCUGAGGAGAUUCCUGUGGUCAUCGCUGCAACUGAAGACAGGCUUGGGGGAGCCAUCGCAGCCAUGAACAGUGUUCAGCAAAACACUCGCUCCAAUGUGAUCUUUUACAUUGUUACACUCAAUGACACCGUGGACCAUCUCCGGUCUUGGCUCAAAAGUGGUUCACUCAAAAAUAUCAGGUAUAAAAUUGUGAAUUUUGAUACUAAACUUUUGGAAGGGAAAGUAAAGGAAGAUCCUGACCAGGGCGAUUCUAUAAAACCAUUAAUUUUUGCAAGGUUCUACUUGCCAAUUCUGGUCCCCAAUGUGAAGAAGGCCAUAUAUAUGGAUGAUGAUGUAAUUGUUCAAGGUGAUAUCCUUGCCCUUUACAAUACACUACUGAAGCCAGGACAUGCAGCUGCAUUCUCAGAAGACUGUGACUCAACCUCUACCAAAGUCAUCAUCCGUGGAGCAGGAAACCAGUACAAUUACAUUGGAUACCUGGACUAUAAAAAGGAAAGGAUACGCAAACUUUCUAUGAAAGCCAGUACCUGCUCAUUUAAUCCUGGAGUUUUUGUUGCAAACCUGACAGAAUGGAAGCGACAAAAUAUAACCAACCAGCUGGAGAAAUGGAUGAAACUCAAUGUAGAGGAGGGACUCUAUAGCAGAACCCUGGCUGGCAGCAUCACAACCCCUCCACUGUUGAUAGUGUUUUAUCAGCAGCACUCUACGAUUGACCCUAUGUGGAAUGUUCGCCACCUUGGGUCCAGUGCUGGAAAACGAUAUUCACCUCAGUUUAUAAAGGCUGCUAAGUUACUCCACUGGAAUGGGCACUUUAAACCAUGGGGGAGAACUGCCUCAUAUAUUGAUGUCUGGGAAAAAUGGUAUAUUCCAGAUCCAACAGGCAAAUUCAGCCUAAUACGAAGACACGUGGAGAUCACAAAUACAAAUUAA